UGGCCAGCAAUCGAAAGGCGGAGGCAGAUUCAUCCUUACAUGUGUCUCCCUCGACCAUUCCCUGAAAGCUUUGUGCCCACACCAUGCAACUCCCAAGUCUAGGCCCAGCCCUAGCUCUCCUCCUCCUCCUCCUCCUCCUCGGCCUCAUCUUCAUCCGAACCAAACUCAAAGUCAAAACCUCCCACCUCAACCUCCCCCCGGGCAGCCUCGGAUGGCCGGUCCUCGGCGAGAGCCUCGAAUUCUUCCGGGCCAACUGGGGCGGGAACCAGGGCAAGUUCAUCCGGGACCGGAUCGUCAAGUACGGCUCCACCGUCUUCAAGACCUCGCUGUUCGGCGAGCGGACGGUGGUUCUGUGCGGGCUGGCAGGUAACAAGUUCCUGUUCUCGAACGAGGGCAAGAAGGUGGUGCUGUGGUGGCCGAGCUCGGUGCGAAGGCUCAUCGGGGCGAGCCUCAUAACCAAAGUCGGCGAUGAAGGGAGGUCCGACAGGAAGAUGGUCAUGAGCUUCUUCAAUCCUGAUGCGUUGAUGAGGUUCGUGGGCACCAUGGAUGAGGUGACUCAGCACCAUCUCAGGACUCAAUGGCAAGGCAAAGAUCAGGUGGAGGCGUACCCCACCCUAAAGCUGUACAGUUUCGAGCUCGCGUGCCGGUUAUUCAUGAGCAUCACGGACCUGCAGCUCGUCACGAGGCUCGCCAAUCACUUCCAGGUGUUCCUCAAGGGAGUGAUCUCGCUUCCUCUCGACUUCCCGGGCACGAGAUUUCACCGUGCCAAGAGGGCCGCGGACUCCAUCCGGAAGGAGCUCCGGGCGCUGGUGAGGCACAGAAGAGCGGAAUUGGAGAAGGAGUUGGCUCGGCCGUCGCAAGACAUAAUGUCCCACCUGCUGGGCAACGGGGACGAGAACGGGAAGCUCAUGCCGGAGGCGGAGAUCAUAAAUAACAUGUUGGACCUCCUGUUCGCGGCGCACGACACUACCAGUUCCACUCUCAUGUUGCUCCUCAAGUGCCUAGCUGAACUCCCCCAUGUCCUUGACAAAAUUCUUGCAGAACAACGGGAAAUCGCAGCAUCAAAAGCUCCAGGAGAGUUGCUUCAAUGGGACGAUUUGCAGAGAAUGAAAUAUUCCUGGAAUGUCAUAUGUGAAGUCAUGAGAAUGACCCCACCGGUUACCGGCUCUUUUCGCGAGGCCUUGGUCGAUUUCACGUACGAAGGAUACACCAUCCCUAAGGGCUGGAAGCUGUUUUGGAGUGCUGCUCUAACGCACGAGGACCCGAACUUCCACCCGAAGCCCGCGAGCUUCGAUGCGUCAAGAUUCGAGGGUUCGGGGCCUGCGCCGUAUUCAUACGCCCCCUUUGGAGGCGGGCCGAGAAUGUGCUUGGGGAAGGAGUUCGCGAGGGUGGAGAUGCUCGUGUUCCUGCACAAUCUGGUGAACGGGUUCGACUGGGGCCUGGUGAUCCCUCACGAGAAGAUCAUCUACGAUCCCAUGCCCACUCCUGUCGAAGGACUCCCCAUCCGUCUUCGACCUCGCGGUUUUCGCCGUGGACUCUCGUGCUCGUGAUCAAGAUCUUAGUCUAUUCCAAUGUUGCAAUCUAUUCCUCGUAUCGUCGGGGCCAAGAGUCCUCGGGUUUGUAAUAAAUUACGAUGGACGCCCGAUACAAUCUUACUCCCCACCUGCCAUGAAAGUGGAAUAAAAGGAAAGAAGAGAUUAAUACUACACUUUGCCCGAUUUUCGUG